AUGGCCGCAACUCGAUGCCAUCCAUUGAGACCAAGUCGUACGACAUCGCUCAUUCAACGUUUAGCGGACUCUGACUGCAGCCCGGAGGAAAAGAGAGCCUUAGGAGCAUGGACGAGAUGCAUGAUUUACAUCUUCGAACGCAACCCGAAACUCUACACGGCGGAAGCCGCCGCUAUAUCGUUAAUUGUCACCAAUAAGGAGUACCACUCCCUCAUAUCGGCCUUUGCAAAUACCAUUAUCCAAGGUACCACAGAUGGCGAUAUUCUUGAUUCAAAUCUACUUAUGAACUUCGGGUAUGCACUCCGUCGUGCUCCGACUGUUUUAUCUGCGGAGAACGCCAAACUUGGAUCAGUGCUUGAUAGCCUCAAAAGACGGUUGGAUAAAGCAGGAGAUCGGGCUGAGUGGGAAACACAGUAUCAGUUGGUCUGCAUGCUGUCGACUAUCUUGGACGCUAUGGUUGACAUUCAGAUUGCUGGACUGGAUCGAGAGGAAUUACAUGAACCGCUACUGCGACAGCUUAAAGCCCUGAAAGUUAGUCAGGAACCUCGUCUGGCCCAGGCUGCUGGUUAUGCAUACCAAGCUUUACGCUAUGUGCCGGACAAUGAAGGCCCUUACCAAGCACUUCUGCGCCAUAGCUGGACACUCAUUCAGGCGACAGCAAAAAUAAGCGGCGCAGUUCCAGCGAUGGACCCUAUGAGAAUUAUUGAUGCUACGUCCGAACUGAUGAAAAUGUUCUCUCUCUUUAAGUCUCUGAUUGAGGCGGCUCAAGACGUGCAUGAUGCAUCCCAAAUCAUAAAGAAUAAUGUGGUAGAAAGCAUGGGAAACUUAUCGAAACUAAAAGGCUGGUACAUGGCUCUUCGAUAUACCAGAAUGUUGAUUGACGCGAAGGACUUUCAAAUGCUGCAAGAUUUUAUCCAGCAAAGGCGCUGUGGCGAUGAAGAGCCGUUCUGGUGCGGCUUGUAUGCCCAGCUUGAACAAACCUGGGUAACUGGAGAUGAAGCCAUCAGGGGUCAAGUUGUAGAUUUCAUAAAUCGAACUCUCCCUCAGAGAGGAUUAAAAUAUCAGCAUGUUCGAAAAUGGAUUCGGCUGAUCGCUGAUACACUUGGUCAGUCUCAGUGGAAAGAUAUUGCUUCCGAAAGACACCAUUGCUGGAGGCGUUGGCGGAAUAAGGAAGACCAGCGCAGUCCACAACCGUUUAACGUACAACAAGUAAAUGUGAAGGCGCUUCCAGGUGAACUAUUAGAGGAAGCAUGGUCCAAGUGUGAGGAUGCCCAGAGAUUCUAUGCCGACAUGCAGAUACGCGAAUAUUAUAGACAAGGACGGCAACUUGAAAUUCGACGCCUUUCUGGAAGUCUGCUGGACAUGGACCAGUGUUAUAUCAAUCUUGCUGUCAUAGAGCAUUCACGGGGGGAUGACAAAGACCGGUUAGAUAACACAAAGACGGAACAAAGACAAUCUGCAUUUACCCUUUUCAACCGCUUGAAGGUCCAGACACCCAACACAGAUAAGAGUGUGACAUUACCUAAAUUAUUCGACGAGCGUAAAAGUCCGGAUGGCACUAUGGCUAGACCCAAGCGGAUCCUGAUUCGAGGACGUGCGGGGGUAGGGAAAACAACAUUGUGCAAAAAGAUCGUCCACGACUUUCUCUAUGCUCGAUUAUGGGCGGAAUACUUCGACCGCAUUCUGUGGAUGCCUCUACGUAGACUCAAAGGGACAUUAAGCUUGGACAAGCUGCUUGAGGAAUAUCUUGCCUUGGAGAGCGAUCGGGACUGCCUAGUUUUGGCGCUGCGCAAAACGAUAUUCGAUCCGAUCGAUAAAAGGACCUUAUUACUCCUUGACGGCCUUGAUGAAAUCUGCGGAGAACGACAGGAUCCCGGAAUCGAUCUAGCUGAAAAGUUGACAAGCCUGUUGAAUCGGCCGAAUGUUAUUAUCACAUCUCGGCCAUAUGCAGUGAAUCUGCCCGACCUUAAUCCAUUUGAUCUAGAAUUGGAAACAGUUGGAUUUCUCCCAGCCCAAGUCCAAGAGUAUGUAACCAAAGUUGUGAAAAACAGAGCUAUGGCGGAAGGGAUCCAGGCAUUUAUUGACAGCCAUUGGCUGAUUCAAGGACUGGUUCAGAUUCCAAUACAGCUAGACGCACUAUGCUACAGUUGGCACAAUGACUUGAGAUCUGGAGGUGUACCUAAGACCAUGACUGCGCUUUACCAAUCCAUCGAGUUAAAAUUGUGGAAGAAGGAUAUCUUGCAACUAGGGAAAAAGAAGGAUGGACGGUUGUUCAGCGAAGCUGAAGUCCAAAAGUUACGAACCCGGUCGCAGAUCAAACCCCCGAUAAAUAAUGAGCUCGAAUUGCUCGAGUUCCUUGCAUUUACUGGCCUAGUGAACGAUAUUAUCGAGUUCGAUCAAGACGUCCGCGAUAAAGUAUAUGAGCAGUCUCACCUUUCAGAGAUGUCAGAUAACACCCUUGACAAAGUCUCAUUUCUGCGCACAUCAGAUCCUUCUUCCGAGCAUGAAAACCGGGGAUACCAUUUCCUCCAUCUGACCUUCCAAGAAUUCUUCGCAGCUCAUUAUUUUGCCCGCCACUGGAUAUCUAAAAAACCACUGCUCUAUCUCAGAUUCAGCUCUGUACAUCAGCAAAGUGAAAAGCAAAUUCCACCUGAGAAGUUCCUACAGCAAGAAAAGUAUAGUGGGCGCUAUGACAUAUUCUGGCGAUUUGUGGUGGGACUGCUCUCAGCUGAAGGUGAGGAACAACUGUGCAGGCUUUUUGAACAGAUAGAGGACGAGCCCCGCGACUUGCUGGGACCAGCACAUCAACGGCUUCUUAUACAUUGCUUCAGCGAGGUGGCUCGCUUGGAGAGCAGAGUUCGCUUAGAGCACUAUCGCGCGGAGAUGGAGUAUCAAUGUCAACAAUGGUCUCUCCAUGAGUAUAAGCUCCUUAAAAAAAUGUAUCUCUGUCGUGAAAGGGAGUUUCCCGAGCAAGUCUUGGUGAAAAUGCUUAAAAUGGAGUUAGGUGAUGCUAGAGCUGAUAUCCUUCGAGCUUUGGAUAAUCGAUCACCCCUCCCACCAAAUCUUCUGGAGUUGAUAUGUACAUUUUUAUGUGAAAAUACGGAUGACGAUGUCAGGCGGGCUGCAGCUGAGACUUUAGGCCGGCAAUCCUCCUUGUCGGAGAGCAUCCUCCAAGCCCUAGUAUCUCGAUUGGAAGAUACGGAUAACAAUGUCAGGUGGGCUGCAGCUGAGGCUUUGGGCCGGCAAUCCUCCUUCUCGGAGAGUGUUCUCCAAGCCCUAAUGUCUCAAUUGGAACAUACCAAUAAAGAUGUCAGGCAGGCUGCAGCUGAGACUUUAGGCCGGCAAUCCUCCUUGUCGGAGAGCAUCCUCCAAGCCCUAGUGUCCCGAUUGGAACAUACCAAUAACAAUGUCAGGUCGGCUGCGGCUGGGGCUUUACGCCGGCAAUCCUCCUUGUUGGAGAGCAUCCUCCAAGCCCUAGUGUCCCGGUUGGAACAUACCAAUCACGAUGUCAGGUCGGCUGCAGCUGGGGCUUUAGGCCGGCAAUCCUCCCUGUCGGAGAGCGUCCUCCAAACCCUAGUGUCCCGAUUAGAAGAUACCGAUCAAUCUGUCAGGUCGGCUGCAGCUAAUGCUUUAGGCCGGCAAUCCUCCCUGUCGGAGAGCAUCCUCCAAGCCCUAGUGUCCCGAUUAGAAGAUACCGAUCAAUCUGUCAGGUUGGCUGCAGCUCACGCUUUAGACAGGCAAUCCUCCUUGUCUGAAAGCAUCCUCCAAGCCCUAGUGUCCCUAUUGGAACAUACCAAUAACAAUGUCAGGUGGGCUGCAGUUCACGCUUUAGGGGGGCAAUCCUCCUUGUCAGAGAGCGUCCUCCAAGUCCUAGUGUCACGAUUAGAAGAUAUCGAUAACAAUAUUAGGUCGGCUGCAGCUUACGCUUUAGGCCAGCAAUCCUCCUUGUCGGAGAGCGUCCUCCAAGCCCUAGUGUCCCGAUUGGAAGAUACCAAUAACAAUGUUAGGUGGGCCACAGCUAAUGCUUUAGGGAAGCGCUCCUCCUUGUCAGAGAGCAUCCUCCAAGUCCUAGUGUCCCGAUUGGAAGAUACCGAUCAAUCUGUCAGUUGGGCCAUAGCAGACAUGGCUUUAGGCCACCAAUCCUCGUUGUCGGAGAGCAUCCUCCAAGCCCUAGUGUCCCGAUUAGAAGAUACCAAUAACGAUGUCAGGGUGCUUGCAGCUGCGGUUUUAAGUUGGCAAUCCUCCCUGCCGGAGAGUAUUCUCCAAGCCCUAGUGUCUGUAUUGGAACAUAUGGAUCCAUAUGUCACGCAGCCUGUAACUCAGGCUUUAGGCCAGCAAUCCUCCCUGUCUGAGAGUGUUCUCCAAGCUCUUAUCUCUCGAUUGGAACAUACCGAUCAAUCUGUUAGGUGGGCUGCAGUUAAGGCUUUAGGCCAGCAAUCCUCCUUGUCGGAGAGCGUCCUCCAAGCCCUAAUGUCUCGAUUGGAAGAUACCGAUCAAAAAGUCAGGUCGGCUACCAUUCAGGCUUUAGGCGGGCAUGACAGCUUUUAUUCCAAGCUUCCUAGCUUGCAUACCCAGAGUCUACAUAGUUUAUAUGAAAUCUGGGUGAAAAAAAGUAUUCAGGAGCAAUUCUGCUGCUACAUACAUGAUGGAAGCAUAUAUAUUGAUACACUGGAUAAGCGAAGAGAAACUCCCUUGUAUUUAGCGAAAGAUGAUAUCGUCAAAGCUUUUAUAACAGCGGCGUCUGAAAUGGGAAGCCCUAGCUUUGGUAUGAACAAACAUUUUGAGAGAUAG